AUGAAGCGACACUCCAGAUCAGGAAGUAUAGGGGGUAUCCAGGACGUAGACCCAGAAAUAAACAAAGGUCAUCUUAAUGCCAAAAAUGAGAAAAUUAAAAAGGGAAAGCUGAACUCCAUCAAGCGAUAUUUGAUUGACUACACCGCAAACUCAAAUCUUCAUGGUCUUAAGUAUAUCGGAGAAAAGGAGAGAACUUUGAUUGAAAAAAUUUUCUGGCUGUUCAUGUUUUCCUGUUCCUUAAUAUUCUGUAUUGGAAAGAUUCACUUAAUAUGGAUUCGAUGGAACGAAAGUCCCGUCAUUGUAAGCUUCGCGGAAAAAUCAACACCAGUUUGGCAGAUCCCGUAUCCAGCCGUAACCAUAUGUUUUGAAACAAAGGCUCGACAAACCAUAUUUAAUUUUACCGAAUACUAUCAUCUGUACAAGAACGAGACUACACGUGCGAAUUUAACCGAGGAAGAACGCCACCUUUUUGAGGACGUAUCUAUGGUUUGCGACGACCACUUGGCCCCAUCAAGUGGAAGAAGAUUUUCUGAUGGAAACGUAACUGUUGAGAAUCUUAAAGAGUUAUCACCAAACAUAACUGAGAUGCUCUUCGCCUGUAAAUGGAAAGACGUUUCUCGCGUGAAUUGUUCGGAUUUAUUUUUGCCGAUCAUCACUGAAGAAGGUGUUUGCUACACUUUCAAUACCUUGGGUGCUGAAGAAUUAUUUAGAGUUGAAAACCUCAAUAAGGACUAUGAUUACUUAGAAUAUUCAAAACGAAAUUCUAGUCAAAUUUGGACGUUAGAAGAUGGAUAUCCACCUGAUAGUCCGGUAGAGACAUACCCUCAUAGAGGCACUGGAUUCGGUGCAAAAUCAGGAUUAACGUUUUUAUUAAAAGCUAAGCAAAUGGAUUUAGACUACCUUUGUAAGGGUCCGGUACAAGGGUUUAAGAUAUUACUUCAUAAUCCGGCAGAAUUGCCUCGUCUAUCAAAACAGUAUUUCAGAUCACCUUUAUCUCAAGAAGUAGUUGUUGCAGUAAAGCCUAAUAUGAUGACGACUUCUGAAGGAUUGAAACCUUACGACCCUACAAGACGUCAAUGCUAUUUCCCAACUGAGCGUUACCUUCAGUAUUUCAAAAUUUACACUCAGGCUAAUUGUGAAAUAGAGUGUCUAUCAAACUUCACGUACGCUAGAUGUGGGUGUGUUCAUUUCGGCAUGCCUCAUGGCCCUACAAUUCCCGUAUGCAAUGCCGGCAGUAUGGCAUGCAUGAAGAAAGCACAAAUGGAAUUGGUCACAGCAGAAAUUCAAACCAAUUUGGAAAAAGAUACAGCUGACAACGGUACCCUUGGUGAGGCGCUGCUAGUAGCCGCAGAAUGCAAAUGUCUUCAAGCUUGCACGUCAAUAGAGUACGAUGCGGAAACAUCACAAGCUGACUACGAUUGGCAAUCCAUAUUUAGAGCUCAUCGCCAACAAAUUGAAGAACAGGAUAAGGAUGUUUUCGUAGCCCGAGUUUUGAUUUUCUUCAAAGAAGCCCAAUUUAUUACUUCAAGACGAUCUGAAUUGUAUGGUCAAACAGAAUUUUUAGCCAAUGUCGGUGGUCUGCUUGGACUCUUUUUGGGUUUCUCCAUACUAAGUCUAGCUGAAAUAUUAUAUUUCCUCACCCUAAGACUUUACUGCGUUCUGUCAAAGCGCCGACAAGUAAAACAACAAAACCUUGCUACAAUUAAUGGAUCUCAUAACUUUAAUACAAAUGCAAAGAAUCAAUUCAUUGAUUAA